CGAGCGGCGGGAGUGCGCACGCGCACUGACCCCGGCGGGCCCUAGCAACCAGAGCAGUGACAGUAGCAACCGCUGGAAUGGCAAAAGCAACAACAAUCAAAGAAGCCUUAGCCAGAUGGGAAGAGAAGACUGGUCAGAGGCCAUCUGAAGCCAAAGAGAUAAAGCUUUACGCCCAGAUCCCUCCAAUAGAGAAGAUGGACGCCUCCUUGUCCACACUCGCUAACUGCGAGAAGCUUUCACUGUCUACAAAUUGCAUUGAAAAAAUUGCCAACCUGAAUGGCUUAAAAAACUUGAGGAUAUUGUCUUUAGGAAGAAACAACAUAAAGAACUUAAAUGGACUGGAAGCUGUAGGGGACACCUUAGAAGAACUGUGGAUCUCCUACAAUUUUAUCGAAAAGUUGAAAGGGAUCCAUGUAAUGAAAAAACUGAAGAUUCUCUACAUGUCUAAUAACCUGGUGAAAGACUGGGCUGAGUUUGUGAAGCUGACAGACCUGCCGUGCCUGGAAGACCUGGUGUUCGUCGGCAACCCUCUGGAAGAGAAACACACUGCUGAGGGUAACUGGAUUGAGGAGGCCACCAAGAGAGUGCCCAAGCUCAAAAAGCUGGAUGGUACUCCAGUAAUUAAACAGGAUGAGGAAGAAGAAAAUUAACACCAUAUUUUUCUCUUUGUGUUAACUUAUUUAAAUGUCAUGAGAACAGUAGAUAAGUUUGUAUAAUUCUCUAUUUUAAGGAUUUUGUGUGGGACAGAAAGUUCUUAAAAGAAAUCUCACUUCCAAUGUUUUUUUAAACCUAUCCAGUGUUUCUCCCCAAAACUGCUAACACCGACUUUGUAUAGUCUCGUUCUCUUUUUGGAAACUAACUUUUCCAUUUUUGUCUUCAUUCCCCAUCAUUGAAAUAUGUACACCAAUCAUUUUAAGAGCAAAGGAACAAACAUUGUUUAUUCAGUUUGCUUAGUAAUUUUUAAGCCAGACAUUUGAAAACACACGCUUGUGAGUCUGUAGAAGGUCCCUCUCCUAUGCCUCAGAAGCACAAACGUAUCGUGCCGUUGGUCCUGAAGGGAGCGUGGCGGUGGAAGCAGCACCUCUCAGAGAUACGUACAGCGGCAGUCUUGGAACCCAGACUCCAAAGCCCUGCUGGAAACAGCUGUGGUGCACAAAGGAAGAAUUAGUAUCUCAGAGGCCUUCUAGCCCACCUUAUAUUUAUUCAUUUGUUUUUCAAAAAAACGUGUAGAUUGUCAACUGGAAUUUAGGUUGUGUUUACAUGUGUGGCCACGAGUCACUGUGUAUGUAUAGUCAGUCAUUCUGGGACCCAGGUCAGCGGGGAAAAUGACCGUCACGGCCCUCCUUUGACCGAUAGCGUGGCCGUGUGACUCAUGUGGCCCUGGCCUGAAGCACAUGUUUUUGGUUUAUGGCUCCUUAUAGUUGAAGUCGUAGCUCUAGCCUAAUCAUCAGCCACUGACAGGCAUCACAAUUUGCCCCAAUGAUUUGGUGUCCUGAUCCUCAUGAAGGUUAGAAGGGUAUGGACUGAAGACUGAACUUGGUACUUCUCAAUAAAUGAAGAUUGUGUUCCAAUAUAUAUA